AUCCACAUCUCAUUUUCUUUCGAAGUCUAUAAUACAGCAAAUUGGCAAACGUCCAUCGUUUCUACAAAGUACGAGUAAUUGCGAUUGAUCGAUGUCUCAUUGUUGUCAGUUUCAUCCCCACCCUUCUCUAUUUUUUGCCGCACAUCCGACAUUAUUGCGCCGACGAGAUUCGCGUGGCUGGUGUGCAGAGACGUGGUCUCUCCGACGAAGAAAAUCAUGUCGGGAUUAGGCAAAAGUACAAUGGGCCGCGCAAGCACAAUCAGCGAGUCGGUUGAAGCGGGUCUGCGUUUUAUCGGAAUGUGGCCCCGUUGCAUAUACGCGAACAUUAACUGGUGGACUUACAUCGUGUCGGUGGCAGUAGUGCAAUAUUUUCAAUAUUCAUAUAUUUUAGCACACUUCGACAUGAAGGAUCUCUCGGUCACCAUAGACGGUCUGAGCAUCACGUUGGGCUAUAGCCUGUCAUUCCUUAAACUGAUCAAUCUCUGGUUCAAUCGCCGAAAGUUGUACGUCAUUUUGGACACGAUGGACAAAGAUUGGAGCGACGGAAUCCAAUCGGACGUAUCCACGAUGAUCAGACACGCCAAUCUGUCUCGUCAAUGCUCCAAUAUCAUGAUCACGACGAACGCGUUGGCCGUGUUCUUCUACACGAUCGGCGGACCGAUACUUCGAUCGAUAAUUAACAAGAGUAAUCAAGAAACUACGACUCGCGAGUUACCCAUCAAAAUGGAAUUUCCUUUUAACGUUGAUAACUCUCCGAUUUUUGAAUUGGUAUUGGUAAUCCAGUUGUUUCAUGAUCUAUCGGUAGCUUGUAUCAUUGCUAUGCUGAACGCUUUACUCGUCACGCUGGUUCUACACGUAAGUGGUCAGAUUGAUAUCAUGCGGAAGGGAUUGUUAGAAAUCUCUCCCGAGAAAAAUACACCUGAAGCUUCUCUGGCCGCUAUCAAAAUUUUGAUUAACAGACAUCAAAGAAUUAUCGAUCUAUCAGACAAUAUUGAAGAUCUCUUUUCAAAUAUCGCACUGUUGCAAUUUAUCUGGAACACUUUGGUCAUCUGUUGCAUAGGCUUUUUAAUUGUAAUAUCCGUCGGCACGGAUGAAGGCGCCACGGUGAUAACGAAGUCUCUCAUCUUUUACGUCGCGAUAACUCUCGAGGCGUUCGUCUUCUGCUAUGCCGGGGAAUAUCUCAGCGCUAAGAGUAAAUCCAUCAGUGACGCAGCAUACGAGUGUUUCUGGUACGAUCUGACGCCCAGCGAGUGCCGGGUCUUAAUGUUCCUGAUGCUAAGGUCGCAGAAACGACUGACCAUCACUGCGGGCAAGAUGACGGAUUUGUCCUUGGAAGGUUUCACGACCAUUAUGAAAUCGUCUGCGUCGUACAUAUCCGUGUUGCGUGCGUUGUAUUAAAGAAGCACAAAAGAUCACGCUUAAGGAAAGGUGAGUUCUUUAUUAAAACGGAAGGCCGAGUUAAAUUUAUUUUUUACGUCGUUUAAAUGGAUAUUCUGCGAGAAAGGUAUUCCGUAUACACAAGAAUGUCGUAGCUCCUAUGUAAUAUAUGGCAGGGAUAGUUUUAGCCAAAUGUUCGAUAUCGUUAAAUAGAAAAUACAUAUAUAUUGAUAUAAAUUUUUAUGUCUGCUGUGUGUUCAUGUACGUAAAUGUGUAUGAAAAAAAUAGUAUUAUUUAUAUAUUUAAUAUAAGACGUUACCGUAGAUAGUA